AGUCAUGACAAAGGACAGGACACAGAUGAUGUGGUAGAGUUACAUGACGGUGAUGAGACGAGUGCUGAUGAACAUACCGCGGUGGCCAUUGCUACUGUCCAGCAAGCAGCAUUCGCAGACCACAACAUUCAGUAUCAGUUCCGCACAGAGAACAAUGGAGGUCAGGUGACAUACAGAGUAGUCCAGGUGACAGAUGGUCAGCUGGACGGUCAGGGUGAUACGACUGGAGCAGUGAGUGUGGUUUCUACUGCAGCCUUUGCUGGCACCCCACAAGCUGUAGCACAGGCCGUCAUCCAGAACCCUUUCAGUAAUGGCGGAAGUCCUUCAACAGAUGCAGUCAGCGGGGAGACGCGGUUUGCGUACUUCCCGGCUUCCACGGUGGGGGACACCACUGCAGUAUCUGUACAGACAGCUGACUCGCAACUGGCCCAGGCUGGAGGGCAAUUUUACGUCAUGAUGACCCCUCAAGAUGUGAUUCCCGCUGGAACACAGAGGACUAUAGCGCCACGCACUCAUCCUUACUCUCCGAAAAUGGAUGGAAACAGAACUCCGCGUGAUGAGAGGCGCCGAGCGCAACACAAUGAAGUGGAGAGAAGGCGAAGAGACAAGAUUAACAAUUGGAUUGUCCAGCUGUCCAAAAUCAUUCCAGAUUGCAACACAGAGAGCAGCAAAACGGGAGCACAAAGUAAAGGUGGGAUUCUGUCCAAAGCUUGUGACUACAUCCGAGAGCUGCGCCAGACUGGCCAGCGUAUGCAGGAGACAUUUAAGGAGGUGGAGAGGCUGCAGAUGGACAAUGAGCUGUUACGUCAGCAGAUCGAAGAACAGAAGGACGAAAACACACUUCUGAGAGCGCAGCUGCAGCAGCACAGCAUCAAGAUCGUGGAAGAGACUCCGAGGUCGUAG